CGUUACGUAGCCAUCUUGUGUGUAGAGCAGAGGAAGCGGAGCCGUUAGCUCGAGAUCUGUAUUGACAGCCGACAGACUGACAAACAAACCGUCAUUCUGCUCCAGACAGACUGUGUUAAUGUGAGAAACGGGGAUCAAACAUGCGUUACGACGUGUCGAGAUGUCAACCCGAUGUGUUUCGCGGAGGAUAUAUGCCUUUGAAGACGACAGAGCGCUAAAAACGGACUGCGCCUCAGAGUCGCGCGAGUUCCGCGACUGGAGAGUUUCAACUGCGAGGGCGGCCUGAGGGAAACUCUCACUCCGGGACAUGGCCUUCGUUUAGGCCACGGAGGAUAAACACACGGGCUCGCUAGGAUUAAACACAGCUGGAGUAAAGCUGUCGUUGUGUUUGGAGUUUCAGUUUAAAGGAUUUAAAGGACUAAAAAUGGCGCGAUGAGGACGGAGCUCUGAGGGGAGUCUUGCGUUAGCGUGACGCUAACCAAAAAUUACAUGACAUUUUCAUAUACAUUGCUUACAUUGGAGCUGUUCGCUGCACUUUGACGUGUUGAGAGACACUUAAAGCUGUCAAAAUGUCUAAAAUGCCGUCGAAAAAGAAGAGCUGUUUUCAGAUCACCAGCGUAACGCAGGCUGCGCAGGUGGCGGCCAACAGCAACACGGACGACACCGAGAGUUUAGACGACCCCAGGACUGAGGACAUGUCCUCAUCCGAGAUAUACGACAUGUCCAAAACUGGAGAUUUCGAGCCGGAGGCGUGUGAUGUCAGUUUAUCUGAUGAAUCGCUUCAUAACGAGGCUGAAACAUCUGGGGCGAGUGCCCAAGAUGUUCCCAUAACGAACAUACCUGGUUCUCGCAACACAAGUGCGGUUCAUAUGAACCCACCUGUCCGUUCAGUUAGCGGGUCUGUAUCUUCCCAGUCUUCGGUUGUAUCUAAUGCACCGACCAGCAUCCAGACUUCAUCAGUUAGCAGUUCUGCCACAGUAAGUACCUGCAGCUCCCGUUUCAGGGUCAUCAAGUUAGACCAUGGCACAGGUGAACCCUUCAAAAGAGGUAGGUGGAAUUGCACUGAGUUUUACGAGCGGGAUACGGACAAUUCCUCGUCCGGCCGGACUGUGGAUACCAUUAAACACGCAAGCGGCGCGGAUCACAGCGCCGACAGGGACGGACCAGGAGUCACUGGAGGUUCGAUGGCUGUGCAUGUUGUGUCUUCAGUGUCUGCGGCAGAGCCACGUACAGAUAGUGGCUACUUAUCUGCACCAUCGAACCCGUCAGUGGAGCUUCAGCAGCAAACCCUAGGCAUCUCUCAGCAGGGAUUAGGGCUUGCAGCCCAGAAUGCCCAUAUCAAAUCUCCAAGCAUGCCUUUGGCAACUCAACCACAGCCAUUUUUUCCCGUGCAGAUUCAUCAGAGUGUUAUUCCCUCAAAUCAGUCCCAGACGGUCUCGGUGGCUUCUCUUCCGCUCACGACCCCGCUGAACCAGGGUCCGUCACCUGUUAUGACUCCUGCAGCGGGAAGCGCUGCACACGUGCUUGGAUUAGUUCCCCAGCCCGUGGACGGCAGAGGGCUUCCCAUCGGCCAGCCGGAGCAUGUUCAGGGGCUUUUACAGCAGCCGGGCAUCAGCACGGCUCUAGGGAGCGUGUCGGCCGCAGCUGUUGUACAGCAGGCACCAGUGCCGCUCAUUCAGCCGGCGGUAACCGCGUCUGUCAACACCCUCGCUGGGGUCCCUGGUGUGCAAAAUGUGCCUGCUGUUAUGUCCAGUGCCUCUAAUGCCCCCCAGAGCAUGCCAAAACAGACGCCACAGAAUCCGACUCAGGGAGUCCUCGGAGGACUGGGUGCGCAGAUGACCCCCGCUAACUUUAGCCAGCUCCCCACCGGCGUCGCCCAGUACGUGGAGAACCAGAGGAAGCCCGACGGGCUGCUCCAGAGCUCUGUGCUCAUGGGAACACCUGCUGUCAGCAGCCUGUUCGGGAUGGCUAUAUCAAUUGAUGGGGAUGAGGACAGUGGGAAAGGCAUAGAAACACUAUUGUGGACUUUUGAAUUCCUUGGCUCACGGAAUCCCUCCACGGCUUUCUAUCAGGCCUUCCCAAACGGCAGGUCAAAGGCCAUCAGUGAUGGUGCCUCUGGCGCCAGUGUUGUGGCCAUUGAUAACAAAAUCGAGCAAGCUAUGGAUCUUGUGAAAAGCCAUUUAAUGUACGCGGUGCGUGAGGAAGUGGAGGUCCUGAAGGAGCAGAUCAAGGAGCUGUAUGAGAGGAACUCAGUUCUGGAGAGAGAGAACGCAGUAUUAAAGUCUCUGGCCAACACGGAGCAGCUGACCCAGCUCUCCUCUCAGCUCAACAGCCUCGGCAGCACUUCACCCCAACAGACGGCGGUCAACGCCAUCCUACAGGAAGGAGGCACACUCGUGGCCUUGCCCCCGCAACCCAACGUGUCCACAUCGUGAAGACCCCGAUUCACCAGACUUGCAUAAAAAAACACACACACAUACAAAAAAAACAUCCAAUCUGCAAAGGAGAUCUUGGUUUGCCAUCUUCGGAGAGCCAUGCUUUCGUUACACGUGCUGCUUGGCUUUCCAUGCAUUAGACAAUCAUUUUGGGAGAAGCUAAUUCGGCUCCACGAUGGGUGCGGUAGCUUUCGGUGGGAACGGGCUGUUUGCAGGCGCAGGCAAAUGCAAAAGAGUUCGGUAGAAAAGUGGAGAUUUAGCAGGAAGCUAAACGGCGAUUGAGAUCUGGAGACAGAGCAACUAUCAUGGAAAGCUUGGCAGAGCUACAGCAGGAGUCCUUUCGUCGGUUUAGAUUCACUGUUUGCAUAUAUUUAUUAGAGGGCUGCUAUUUUCAUAAUGUAAAUGAACAAUGUAACAGAGAUCUAUUAUAUAUAUAUGUAUGUAUAAAGAACCGUUCUUUUGGUUUCUGAAAUGUAAGAUACUUGUUUAACAAGGCAAUAAUGUCCCCAUGGCACAGUUCCAACACUAAAAGUGAUUCAACAACAUUGCUGAAACAGUCCUGUAUGGUUGAGUUGGUUCGGGGUUGAAUGUACAUGUGUAUAGAUUGUAAAGUAUUAAAGUAUAGCCAGUUGUACAGGUGAGCAGCAGUUAUCAAGUAUUUUCCUUUUUCGGAUUUUAUUAAGUACACGCGCUAUACUUUCCCUAAGUACUUAAAUUCUGGCUUUUGAAUUCGUUUUGUAAUUUUAAUUCGGGAUGGGGGAAGAAGCUGUGAAUUAGUUUGUAUAAUGUAUUUGUAACCAAAGAAGAAAAGCUGUGUGCAUUUUUGUAACGCACAUUUUCUUUUUUGUUUGUUCGCUCGCGCUUUUAAAAAAAACUUCGUCACCUUUCGUUUCUGAUUAGCAUGUGCUGCAUGAUCUAUCAGAAUAUUUUCUUCAUGUUUUUAUUUUUAUUAUUAUUCAUAAUUUAAGUGGUCUGUGAACGAUAUUUUAUUAUGGAUGGUGAAGGGUGAUUUUUGGAAGAAAAAAACCCAGUAAUGUUAACAAAAAAAAUGAUAAUAAGUUAUCCGUUUUCAUUUGCAUGGUGUUGUAAGAUUUGACGUACAACCAAAUGUUUAUUACAUUGCAGAAAAUGUUCAAAAAUAAAUGCUGAUUUAUAUUUCAAGGUGUAGUUCACACUGAUAACCUUUAAAGAACGAUAAAAUAAUAAUCGUAAUGAAAUCAAAGCCGCAAAAGUGUUCACAGAUGUCAUUUACAUGUAUAGGGCAUGUCCUCUGUCUUUUGUGCCUCUUGUAAUUUGGAUGCAGCGAUUUGGUUUAUUGUUAUUUUUUAACCCAGUUUGAGCCAAACAGAAAUAUUGUACAAUCGCUGUACAUUGGUCUGAAAUUUUCUUUUUAGGUUUGCUUGGUUUUUCUUUUUUUGUUGAAGGAAAUGUAGUAUACAAGCAAAAUGUAUUGUACUUGAUAACUGAGCCUUUUGGGAAUAUCUUAAAAAUACCCUUGUAAUGUGCUGUUUUUGAAAGAGUUUAGUUUUCUGUCAGAAAUAAAUGACUGUUCCAUUGAGAACUAAACCAU